AUGGAACCCCACGAUCCAGAUACGCACCCUCGUCCAGAGCAUUUCCUUGCAAUGCUUGACCGCCAAUUUGGAAAUUUGAAGACACCGGGCCUGGCUAAUAAAGUUCUCAGCUACGUCGGGAAGGCAUUCGAAUUGCACCUUCAAAAAGGCACAGGGGCUUUCCUGAACGCCACUCGUUGCUUGUCAGCUGUUCAAGAGCUGGAUGAGAUGGCCAUAGCAGAUGAACUCAAAGACAAGAUCGCCGCUUUCAUGGUAUAUGGCUUGGACCCAAUCGAGGUUUUCUUUGGCAUGCUCCCUGCUCCCAAACUACACGAUGAAUGCAAGAACUACUCUGAGCUGGCUGGAUGGUAUCGCCUACCUGCUGAGAUUCUGGCAGCGAGGUCCCGUCUGGAUCGCGACCCAUUCAGAUCUUCCGAUGCCGAUGCUCCCAUAAUGGUGGACAUAGUCGUCAAGUCGGCGGAGAAGAUGGGAACUCGGGGUACGCCUGUGGAAGAACAAAUGGAACUGGAGGGAGUUGCAGACUUGGAGGCCGGUCUCGCUCGUUUGGCCUUGAGCCACCCGCAAGAAGAAGUGGGAGACACGCAGAAGCACAAGUUUCUCUCGUACCUACGCUGGGUUGUUCAGGGUCGGAAGACUGUGGGUUCUCCUUUCGCAUCACAGAGUCCCAGCAAAGACACGAUCUUGUGUUCAGGUGGUUAUGAAAACCUCAGCACACUCUCCAACGGCCAGGUAUCCGGACCUUGCACCAACUGUGGCUCCCAAGAUGCCGCCCACCAAUGCAAGCUUUGCUUGAUUACCUUGGACGGUUAUGUUUCUGAGCAAACCGUGUCAGCUACUACCUACUGUAACGAGAGCUGUCGAAACGCCCACUUCGAGGCAAACAAGGGUGCUUGCAGAGAGAUACGCAAACUGGCCCGCAGUGCAGUUCUGUUCAAGGAAGCAUUCUAUCGGUACAUUCAGAUUGCUGGUGGUAUAAUGCCUUUCUCUGCCAUCAAACAAGAGCAAGGCAUCAUCUUCAAGCAGUGUACCGGAACUUCGAAUACCGUACCCUCCCUUCGGCACCUAGCAGACUCUCAGUCGCAAGCAGAUGCUGCCAUGACCAGUUUCACGUGUGGCGAUAUAAUCGCCUGGGCGAGACCGAUUCUCGAAUUCCUGAUUCAACCUUGCUGCACUUCUGUCGAGUUCGUCAAUUUCAGCGUCAAGAAUGCAGAUAUCGCUGUGGCAAAUGAAUUCCAGAUAGGGUCCUCACACCAUCUCCGGUACAACACCCUCCGUCUUCAUCUUGCAGCUCGCUUGACAUUGCCUUCGGGAGCGCAGUACGCCUUCGACCCGAGCGCCGCCCAAUUCGGCUGGAAAGAUUGCCUCGCGCCGUGGGCUGAGUACGCCCGCUGCCGCAUUCACCACAUAGAGAAUGUCACUGUGCUCGAUCCUCUGGACGGCACCCGAGUGCCCGCCAAGGACCGCGUAAAACCUUCAGACAUUAUCCGAAGAUUUGACUGGGCAAAGGAAUACGUGGCAGAGGAGCUCGUCAGCAUCCUGCGCGCACGAAAGGGUGGCCUCCGAGCCCUCCUCAAACUCUCUGAUGGUCAAUUCGAGACGGGAAGAAAGGACUUGGCGGAUGCCAUGGAGGACUUCGUCCGGGACUUUGCAAAGUCAUUGAAGUAA